GUUCACCAGCUGGGUUGUGAGGCUGUGAUGCUGUUGCUGGAGCUGAAUCCAGAUCAGAGCAACCUGAUGUUGUGGGCCGUGGAUCGUUGUUACACUGGCUCACAUCGAGUGGCCGCUGGUUGCUUUAAAGCCAUCGCAAACGUUUUUCACAACAGGGAUUAUCAGUUUGACACUGUGGUGCUGCUUAACCUGAUUCUGUUCAAGGCAGCUGAUUCUUCCAGGGAUAUCUAUGAGGUGGCCAUGCAGCUUUUACAGAUCCUGGAGCCAAAGCUUUUUCGUUAUGCUCACAAACUGGAGAUCCAGCGAACAGAUGGCAUCCUGACCCCUCCCUCACCGCUUCCAUACCUGUACUCUGUGUCUUACUACCAGCUGUCUGAGGAGCUUGCAAGAACAUACCCAGAGCUCACGCUACCCAUAUUCUCAGAGGUGAGCCAGCGUAUUCAGACAGCGCAUCCUGGUGGCCGUCAAGUCAUGCUGCACUACCUUCUACCUUGGAUGAACAACGUGGAGCUGGUCGAAUUCAAACCAACCACACGGCAACCAGAAGACUGUGGAAAUGCUGAGGAAGAGGAGGAUGUCCAUGACCAGGAGAUGAUGAUGGUUAACAGUCGCCGCUGGCUUCGUGGAGAGGGCUGGGGCUCCCCUCGUGCAACAACCAUGGUGCUGAACAACCUCAUGUUUAUGACGGCUAAGUAUGGAGAUGAGUUUGCUUGGUCAGAAAUUGAAAAUGUUUGGAUAACAUUGGCAGACAGUUGGCCAAAGAACCUCAGAAUCAUUCUGCACUUCCUCAUCAGUAUGUCGGGGGUGAACAGUGACCCUAGCCUCUUGCCCUAUGUGAAACGAGUGGUGGUUUACUUGGGCAGAGAUAAAACUAUGCAGCUGCUGGAGGAGUUGAUGUGGGAGCUUCAGCUGACUGAUCCAGUUAGCUCAGCUGUUACUCACAUGGACAAUCCCCCCUAUUACCGCAUCACCUCCAGUUACAAGAUCCCCUCAGUUACCUCAGGAACAACCUCCAGCAGCAAUACGAUGGUGGCAGGAAAUGAUGGUCAUCAUGACAGCAAGACCAAAGACUCUAACAUGGAAGACAGUUACACCCACCUGGAUAUCUACUCUGGUCUGAACAGCAACCUAAACCGCCAGCACCACCGUCUGGAAUCUCGUUACAGCAGCAGUUCUGGAGGUUCCUAUGAAGAUGAGAAGAGUGACUCCAUGCCUCUUUAUGCAAACUGGCGUUUAAAAGUAAUGGAUCACAACCAGCCAGAGCCUCUCCCCUUCCCUCCAUCAGGGGGCUGUUGGGCUCCUCUAGUGGACUAUUUGCCAGAGACAAAUACCCCUGCGGUGCCUCUUCACAGGUGUAAUAUUGCAAUCAUCCUACUGACAGACCUCAUUGUGGAUCAUGGAGUAAAAGUAGAGUGGAGUGCCUAUGUGUAUCUCUUGCUACAUGCUGUGUUUAUAGGCUUUGAUCACCAGCACCCAGAGGUCUAUGAGCACUGCAAACGCCUGCUGCUUCACCUGCUCAUUGUCCACUCUGCGAGUAGCAGUGGCCCAUCUGUGGCCAAGGUGCUUUUACAAAACAGAGACUACAAUGAUCCAAAAGUUCUGACUGUGAAACCAGCAACUCCUGAAUGCAAUCUUACAGUUCCCACAGGAACUCCAGACAUUUUUCCAGAUUUUCAGCAUUCACCAAUGACAGACUCCGGUCUCAGCUGCAGCUCCACAUCUUCCAGUUUAAGUUUUGGGGCAAGGGGUAGUACUAUGUCUCACCUCUCCCCCACACUACUCACUGAGACAGACGUUACAGCUGAACAUGACGAGAAGGCCAAAAUUCUCAUUGAGUUUAUUACAUCAAGAAAGCGAGGUCCACUCUGGAAUCAUGAAGACGUGUCGCCCAAGAACCCCAACAUCAAGAGCGCUGAUCAACUAAGUGUUUUUAUCAGACAUGUCGUGACCAUCUUUAAACAGUCCCAGACAGGUUUGCAACUGGACUCUAUGCUGAGUGAAGUGGCUCUGAGGACAGCUCUGUCUUGCUCUUCUCGCCACUAUGCUGGUCGCUCAUUCCAGAUUUUCAGGGCACUUAAACAACCUCUCACUUUGGCCACACUGUCAGACAUUCUGUCUCGGCUGGUUGAGACUGUAGGAGACCCAGGAGAGGAAGCUCAGGGUUUUGUCAUUGAGCUACUUCUGACAUUAGAAUCCUGCAUUGACACUUUAGCGGACAGUAUCAAAAACUAUGACCUUCUUUCUGCUUUAGCACAAAGCUCUACCAGUGAGCACUUAUUUGGAGUUAAGUUUGCCGCAAACAGAAAAAGCACGGGCCAGCUUAAUCUCAACAGUGGGGGUUUGAUCCAUUACGUCCAUGCUCGGAGCAGCUCGCUCCGGACCAGCCUGAUUGGAGAGCGAAAAGCAGACAGACGCAGAAGCAACACACUGGAUGUGGCAGACCGAUGCGUCGAUAGUCAUGCAAAUCUGCUGCGCACAAAGAGCUUAUCAUCACUAGGAGGAGGAGGAAGUCCAGGAAGAGACACCGUCCCGCCUGUUGACCCCUCAAAUCUGAUGGCCACUGUCUUCUGGAUUGCCACCUCUUUGCUGGAAUCAGACUAUGAGUUUGAGUACCUGCUGGCACUGCGGCUCCUCAACAAGCUGCUGGGCCAGCUUCCUCUGGAUCGCACAGACAGCAGAGAACGUUUGGAGACGAUCCAGGCUAAGUUGAAGUGGUACAACUUCCCUGGUCUGCUGCAGCUCUUCCUAAAGGGCUUUACUUCUGCUUCUACACAGGAGCUCACCAUCCACCUGCUCAGCAAGCUUAUCAGUGUUUCCAGACACACUCUGGUAGACCCCACACAAGUGACAGGUUUUCCUUUGAAUAUCCUGUGCCUUUUGCCACACCUCAUCCAGCACUUUGACAACCCCACGCCUUUUUGCAAGGAGACAGCUGAUAAGAUUGCCAAAGUGUGUGCAGAUGAAAAAUCAGCCACGCUCUCUAAUCUGGCCCACAUGAUGAGCUUGUACAGUACACACAGCUACUCUCGCGACUGCACCAAUUGGAUCAAUGUGGUUUGUCGUUACCUCAAUGAUGCCUUUGCUGAGAAAACCUUAAACCUGGUCACUUACCUGGCUGAGCUGCUGGAGAAAGGCCUUCCCUACAUGCAGCAGUCCUUGCUGCAGAUCAUCUAUAGCCUUUUGAGUCAUAUUGACUUAUCAGCAGCACCUGUCAAACUGUUCAACCUCGAGAUCAUGAAGAUCAUUGGCAAAUAUGUUCAGAGCCCGCACUGGAAAGAGGCCCAAAACAUCCUGAAGUUGGUGGUGUCUCGUUCAGCCAGCCUCGUUGUGCCAGACGACGUGCAGCGCUCCUACAGUUCAGAAUCUUGCGGCUCACCAGAGAUUGCAUUCACACGCAUCUUUAACAACUCCUCUAAGGAGCUACCUGGCAAGACUUUGGACUUCUAUUUUGACAUCUCAGAGACGCCAAUUAUAGGCCAUAAAUAUGGUGAUCAACGUACUGCAGCUGGUCGAAAUGGAAAGGCACAGGUGAUUGCUGUAACAAGGAGCACCUCCUCUACAUCAUCUGGCUCCAACUCCAACGGUCUGGUGCCAGUAAGCUGGAAGAGGCCUCAACUGUCUCAGCUGGUCUCUUGUGGACUUCUUGAGACGUUGAAGUUCAGUGUGCUGGAGUUGCAGGAGCACCUGGACACAUACAAUGCUAAAAGAGAAGCAGCGGAGCUCUGGCUCGAGAACUGUAGAAAAACCUUCGGCGACAAAGACAACAGCCAGAGGCCCAUUACUCAUGCGCAGCAAAUGGAAAAUCUAGCAGAGUUGGAGUUGUGUCGGAGGCUCUAUAAGUUGCACUUUCAGCUGCUGCUGCUGUUUCAGGCAUACUGUAAGCUCAUCAGCAAGGUGGACACCAUGAAGAGAGAGGCGGAGGUAACCAACAUGUCUGAAGAACUCAGUAUCCUGGAGAGCUGCCUGAGUGCAGCAGAAACAGGAAAUGAUGGUCAGGAGGAUGUGUGCAUGUCAGACAAUGUCCAGACCAACACAGAGACGGCGAUCCAGUCUCUGAUUGAAACGCUGAGAGCCCGAGACUUCAGCUCCGCCCUCACACAAGUCAAAAUCUUCAGGUCCUUGUGGCCUAACGACAUCUUUGGAAACGAGACGGAGAACGCCGUUCACACUCUUCUGCACAUCUACUUCCGCCACCAAACGCUGGGCCAGACGGGCUGUCUGGCGGUGGUGGGCCCAAGCAGGGACCUGUCUCAGGCAAGCAGCCGCCUCAUGGAGCUCAACCUGCAGAUCCGUGAGGCUCUGAGUCAGGCCCAGGCCUGCCAGACCCACAGCACCAUGGUUAGCACUGGACUGUGAUGCUGCAGGCUGGACCCAA